AUGCUUUCAUCAACAUUUCGUUUGCUAACACGGACUUCAUCGUUCAUACGACCCGUGAUCGGCACUCUUCCUCGUCGUUCGUUAUUCUUCAAACCGACUCUUGUCAGUUUCAAUGAGAAACAGCGUCAACCGUCAAUGAUCAUCAAUCAUAUUCCAGUCCGUCAAUCACACGUUCACUAUACUUAUCCAAUGAUCGAAAGUCGUGUGAUGCUUGUCUUACGUCUAUUUGACAAAAUCGAUGGAAAUGCUUUACAAUUGGAUUCUAAGUUUGCUCAAGAUCUUGGUCUUGAUUCAUUGGACAUUGUGGAAAUUACAGCGGCAUUAGAAGAUGAAUUCUGGACGGAAAUUCCUGAUGUGGAUUCGGAUCAUUUUGUAACACCUCGACAUAUCAUUCAGUAUUUAUGCGACAAAUACGAUGUUUACGAACACGUGGAACCAGUCUCAGCUGGAAAGGAAUACAUGGAAGAAGCCAAAGCAGCUGCUGAACGAGCACAUCACCAUUAG